AUGCUCAAUCUGCUCCAGAAGCACCGCACGGUCGCUGGCAGCGCCGAUGCCGUCCCACAGGAUUUGAUCGCCCUACGCGACAACUACCGCAGCAAACACAUGGACGAAGUGGAAGCAUUGCGAGCCAAGGCCAAGGCCGUGGCUAAGAAGGCUGAGGACGAGUUCAAUGCCGCAGCUAUGAAGGCCCAGGAUGCGGCUACCGAGGCCGCAGCUAAGGAGGCUGAGGACGAGAAGGCCAAGGCCAAGGCCAGUGAAGAGCAGGCUGGUACAACCAAGGAUACGCGGAAGAAUCCGUUCGACGGCAUGUCGGCGGAGAACCGCAAAGCACGGGACGACAAGGAUUUGCAGGUCCGCAACCUCGCUAUGGCAGGUGUUGGCAAACUUGUCCGCCCUGGAAACACCCAGCAGGACAUGAAUGACACUACCGAGAAGUACGAGAUGCUGGCUUCUUCGAAGAACGGCCCAUAUAUCCGCCGGCCCAGGACCGACGCCAGAGCAGCAGCACCAGCCAAAUUCACGCCGAAGCGCCGGGAUGAUUUGGGCAACGAGGUUGUGCAUCGAACAGCAAUCGACUGGGUCAAGUUCAAGCAGAGCUUCGAGGCCUGGCUGAAGGAGCCGGGCAACGUGAACGUCCAAGCAGCGAUCCGCGAGGUCCUCGAGAGUCUUGGCAUCAUGGUCGAAUGCGGUUCCUGCAGAGCAUAUGGCCGCAAAUGUGAUCGUAUGAUCUGGCCGUUCGGUUGUGGCCACUGCCGCGCCUUGAACCAGGCUCGUGCUUGCACGCUGAAGCUUGACUUCAACAGAUUGUGCUCAAAAGGCUCUUCGAAGUGCGAUGGGCUACAUACUGACGUAGCCAUCCUGUUUCUCGGUAUCGCCCAGCGCCUCCAGCUCAAAAUCGGACCGUAUUCCGGUUUCGAAGUACCAUACAACCAUGGCGCCAUCAUGGUGGAUUAUACCAUACCGGACAUCGUUGCUGAGCACGACAAGCUCAUACUCUCGUUUGAGAAGUUCACUCAUUGCGUGCAACCUAUACCAGAUGGCUGCACGCAUGGAGCACAGCUCCCCAAGCGUGGCUUAAUGCUGAAGUUCCGCCAUCAGUUCAGCACAGAUGGCAAGGAUCAGGAGAAACUGUUCGCGCACACGAAUCAUUAA